AUGCAUGUUAAAGAAGGAGACGGCUUGACGGUAGUCGGUUCAGCUGUUGGGCCACUGAUUGCUUCAUGGAGAAAAAGAGAUGCUCAUUCAGAAAGAUAUUUAAGGGGUUUGUUAUUUAUACUGGAGUACUGUCUUGCCCAUUCAAUGGAGGAUCAUCAAUGUUUUGAAUUACUUGUAACCUCACUUGGCUACAACACUGUACAGUUUUGGAGAGCAGCAGUGCCGAACAUCUUCGAUUCGGAUCUCUCGUAUGGAACAAAGUUCAGGGACUCAUUGCUGUUUGCUCUCACCUUAUACGAUGUGAACACUGGGAAAAAUCGGCUACGAGAGCUAUACGCUGCAGUUCCCGGCAUUAGGAAAUCGUUGUUGGGUGUCAACGCCAAGCAGUUUGGUGAGAGAUUCCACCAUCUUCAGAAGAGGAUUUCUCGGCACUCGUCAAUGGGCAGCUUGGAGAACAUCGACUCGGAAAAGGAAGACGAACAA